AGUCACCGUGGCGGCGUCUGAAGGACAUGUGUCCGGGUUUGGGGAGCUCCAAGUUUGGGAUCGGGGAAGGCCUCAAACCGCAUGCACCCCACAUUCUCGGACCCAUGCCCAAAUCAUUUCGGUUGCUCGGAUAGACUCAAAGUAAGGGCGACUAAGCAGGGAAGACUCGGCCAACAACAGCUGCUUGGUCUCCAACAAGGCGCUGGGCAACAGUGGCAAGGUUCACUUUGGCCCGACAAGCUGGAAUCCACGCUUUCAGGACGCCCCUCCGGCUUGGGUCUCGGGACCUGGGAUACGGCAACAUCGAUUCGAUCCUGAUCCAAGAAGUAUUCAGCAUCCGAGGCUCCGAGGUGUCAGAAUAGUUGCCACAGGGAUAAAUGAUGUGAAAGGGUUUGUUGUGUUUUCCAUGUGUUUUCCCUCGAUAAGGAGUGUUGACGGUGUUGGGGUAUCACAGAGUGACUCAGAGUCGAUUGGCACCCACAGUACUGGCGAAGCUGUACGUGUCCGUCGCUCUGUUCGGGUGACGGAGGGAACCAUGAUCCUUCGAACGGGGUCACCUUCAGACUUUGCGCUUUGGAGUUGGGCAAGCGUCCUGCUGCCGCUUCGGGAAGAAGAUCAGAAGUUUGGUCGGCUUCUUCGGGAUUCGUAGGUGUGCCGGAACCGGGUUGGAAGCAACUUGGAGGCGUCGGCGGACUCUAGGGGCGGUCCACCCACAAUAUUGCACAGAUUUCAAAAAAGAUCCAGGGUGCUAAAGAAGGGAGGCCAGCAACAGGAGUGAUUGUAAGAGGAGCCCCAAGGCUUGCAGCAUUUGCAUCGGCGGCUGGAACAUUGGCCUCAACAAGGUCACCGAGUGGGACGCUCACACAGCGAGUCUGCCACGCAGUCAGCGGCUCAGGCAAAGAGGCCAGCCUUUUCCUUUUCAACAUCGGCCCGGCCGUGAUACGGGGCCGGCCGGCACCAAUGGCCAAGAUGCCCUGUGUACGACAGCGUCUUCCGGAUGCCCCGGACUGCCAGCCGUGUGCUUCGGCACGUCUUGGCCGGACUCGGCGUCAACGAAGACUCGGUCAGGCUCUCUUGGGCACACUCCUGCGCCCGCAGGGACGCGUCCCACGUCCCACGAGCACAGCUGAUCCCACGAGUUGUUGGAUCGCCGACGGCGUCGAGGAAAAACCUUGACAGCUCCGGCUGAUCCUCCGGCGCCCCUUCUGCGUGCGCCCCCCGUCCGCACGCCGGUCCGCACGGACCCAGCGAUCGUGACUCGAACUGAGAGUCCCAGAGGAGUCCUCGGCCGAGCAAUAACGAGUGCUUUCAGUGAGUCCAUUGACCAGACGUUUGCACGGCACGGUGCCCCUCACUGCUCGGCGCUGCAGCGUUCAGCUUUCAGGGCCGACUGAGUGUGGGAUCGGGGGGUUCAUGCAGAAGUCGAAGCUCACUGCUUUGAAUUUGAUUGUUCAAUAUGUUUGAUAUCUACGUCCCAGGGUCUCGGUAAAAUAGAUUAGAAUAGGCUAAUAGGAACAAUCAUGAUCAUCCUGAGGGGCCUUUCCUAAGAUGAUUGAUGACUUCUGUGCCGGAUCCCAUUCUGCUGUUCAGCGUCUUCGGGCCGAUCCUGUAAGCUUGGCUUCCCGAUGCCUGUAGCCUCCAGCCACCUGUUUUGGCCUUUAUGCUAGUUUUGUUUCUUUGGCCUGCUCUCCGGCUUGACGCUUCGAGUUUCACCGAUCUCCACCAACCAAAAAAAGGUUUCAGAUCAUAAAAGACGUAGUCAGCUUCCUAUUCCACCGAGCUGUUUCUGAAGCCAAGCCAUGACCAGCGGGUUCUCACAGCAAUUCUCGCUAGCAAACGACUCAGCCAAGCCUAGCAAUGAAACAAACCAAGCCAACCUCACUUGGAGCUCUCCAGCCUUUUGUCCUGUCCCUUGACUGGAUGUCUCAGUCCAAGGUGGUCGAUCCCUGCUGGGGCAUCACUGGAAAGGAGCACUGGUCCAAUGACUGUUCGCCCCGGCCCAGCGGUGCCCAGAUCCGGGUCUUCAAGCAGAACUUCGAUGCUCAGUUCUUGGCAGAGAACCCUUGGCUUUGGGAGGUUGGGGCCAUCGUGUCGCUCUAUGGCGAUGAGGCCACGGAUCCCGCCAUGGCCUUCGCAGUUCAGGCCCAGAAGCCCUCCGCCAUUGUGCCAUGCAAUGAGUGUGUGCACUUCUUCCCGCCCUUGAACCAGACCUACGAAGCGUAUUGCGAGGCUCUCAUGAACUCGGCCUGCCACUCGGGUGGCCGCUUCCAGCUGGUGCUCAUGGAAGGCGUGCCCUUCUCUCGGGCACUGCUGGCCACUUGACGGGCGGUGGGUGGAUGUGGCCUGGAGAAAGAAACAGCAGAUAGGCUUGGUUUCAGUGGGUGUUGUCAACACCAAGCAAUUCCCUUUGAGAGGUCCUGCGUUAGAGCUUUCAACAGGUUCUCCAGGGUCCACAAUUAAGCCUCUUCCAGGCUCUUCUUGGUGGCAAGAAAGUGGUGGAUAGUGAUGCCGUUUCGAGGAUGCAAUCGGCAUGCAAAAAAAUGAGAAUACCAAUAGUUGUAAGUUGUGAAAGUGCGGAAAUGGCUGCAUUUGAAACGGAGUUGUUGGGCGACCAGCUGUGACCACUGGAGACUUAGCAAGAUUUGGAGACUUCGCCGGUUUGGUCAUGUGAGUCAGGUGAUGUGAGUCACACGUGCCCUUUCAGAAAGAAUCUGUAAGAAUCAUCAUGGAUUCAUCCUGACAGGACUGCUCAAAGAAGAACAGGGUGACCGUUGGGGCGCGCCCUUGGGCCGUUGGGCGGGAACCUGACGGAUGGACCGACCGUGGACCUGCUUUCUCGGGUUCAAGAUGGCGUCGAUCGAUCCGGUAUGAAGAAGAAGAUGGGAAAAAUGGAUUGUUUAGGAGUUUUUCAAUAUAUAUAUAUAUAUAAUGUAUAAGUAAAUGUAUAAUUGCAGAAUUCUAUCUAGUGGUUUGGAUGGCCAACGACAACAGGCCAAGCUGAAAAUGUUGUCCUCUCUUUCUGGCUGUACUUCAGUUUUGCUUUGGAGAGGAGACCCCAUGUCAAGACUCACUUGAAGACACGGCUUGGGCUUUUGAGCCCGCUUUGCUGAAAUGUAGGCGUUGAUAUGAAGUCAAUCUUCAGGUCCGGGCUCGGCAAGAAUUGCGUUUGGCGAUCGACAAUCCCAACAUGACAUGAUGGCAAUGGCAUGAAGCACAAUUACACCAUUCAAACGGCAAGGGUGUGUGACUGCAAGCAUUGGUAGAAGCAUUGGCGAUUCCCCUCCAAAACUAGAUCACUUGCGCUCCUCAUUGAUUUAGUAGGGGUAGAUGGAGUCUUAGCAGCAAGAUGCAGCAAGCAAGUCUAGAGUGGUCUGGGAGAUGGAAACAACAAAUUCUGACCCACACAAAACUUUACGGAGAAACGUUUCUGUAUGCCAGCAUCACAAUUGUGGUCAUUCAAUGUUAUUCAGACAGAAUACUCACUAUCUAUCUAUAUAUUAUUAUAUAUGUAUACACAUGCAGACCGUGGAAACCCUCCUGACACGCAAUACUGUAGGUCAGGAAAGGUUUACUUUAUCUCAUUUCGUGUUGCAGCUCGCUCAAUCCAUUCUCAGAGUGUUUUGUAGUGGUCAAAAAUGACAUUGACAAAAAGAAAUGGAUUUUCGCUGAGCAUCUCAGAAGCCAUCAAGGAACCGUGGUAUACCAUGCAUAUAUCAUCACGCUCAGCAGCCGCAGCCGCAACAAUUGAUGUUGCCGAUCCUUGUAUUUCGCAUGUCCUGAGGUUCGCUAUGGAGCGAGAAGAACAGCACUGGGAACAUUUGCAUUGUAGAGCUUAGGCUUAGGGUGCAGUGCAGUUCGCCUUCCUGGCCUUGCAUCAACUAUUGUGCAAGUGUCCGGUACAUUUGCCGCAUAGUCCUUUUGGUGAACCAAUGACCCCGCUCAUGUGCGCUUGGAGGUGGAGGGUGCCACAAGGAGAAUGUUUAGUGAAAACCGUGAUUGCAGUGAUAUCAGGUCCUUGUUCUCCCCAAUGCUGCUGAGGAUUUUGCAGUGCUUUUCUUAGGCAGACCCGAAAGCUGCGCCAGUUUCUUCCGAAAACGUGGGCGCACCCAGUGUUGUUCAGCCAUAUGGCCGCACCCAGUCUGGCCUCUUGAGGUCCAACACCCCCAAUGCUAUGCGGGGCCUGCAAAGGGGAUGGGAUUCAUGAAGGCAUCUGAGCUUGGCAAAGGCACGGCCUUCAUUUAAAAGGUCAUAUAGUUUUUGGCAAGUAAUUGCCUAAUCAUAAGCCAUUUCCAU